CACGUACGCCAUUCUUGGAUCUUUUUGCUCAUGGCAUUCCUUCUAUACCAUCACGUACGGCAGGCUUGCUCUCCAAAGACUCCGGCAGCUUCAGCCCCCCUUCCAGCUUGCCUGCUUUCGGACCCUUCUCAAUGGAGACAGCCAGCCUCCCUCGUCGCCAAGGCAAGGUCGUGUUUGUCCUGGGCCCGACCGGUUCCGGAAAAUCCAAGUUGGCCAUCACCCUCGCCACCCAAUUUAACGGUGAAGUCGUCAACUCGGACAAGAUGCAAGUGUAUGAUGGCCUUGACGUCAUCAGCAACAAGGUGACGGAGGAGGAGUCCGCCGGCAUUCCCCACCACCUGAUCGGUGGCGUGCACCCGGACGCCGACUUCACCGCUUCCGAUUUUUGCCGUGCGGCCAUGCAUGCCAUCGACUCCAUCCUCCGGCGUGGUCGCGUCCCCAUCGUUGCCGGCGGCUCCAACUCGUACAUCGAGGCAUUGGUUGAUGGCGAGGGCAGCGAGUUCCGAUCCCGGUACGAGAGUUGCUUCGUGUGGAUCGACGUCGAUCUGCCCCUCCUGCACUUCUUCGUGUCGAUACGAGUGGACAAGAUGGUGGAGCAGGGGCUGGUGGAGGAGGCGAGGAGUGCGUUCCGCCAAGAUGGCGACUACUCGAAGGGCAUCCGAAGGUCGAUCGGGGUGCCGGAGAUGGACAGCUACUUCCGCAUGGAGGCAUCGGUCGGUGAAGCGACGCGGGCAAGGAUGCUGGAGGCCGCGGUCACUGAGAUCAAGUUCAACACAUGCACGCUGACCUGCAAUCAGCUGAAGAAGAUCCACCGCUUCUGCACCCUCCCUGGUUGGGAUGUGCAUCGCAUCGACGCCACCGAGUUCUUCCUGAAGCGAGGCCAGGAAGGCGAGGCCGAGGCAUGGGAGAAGGUGGUGGAGGGUCCUAGCAAGGAGAUUGUGCAAAGAUUUCUGAGCGGCGCCAUCGAGGUUAAAGAUGGGGUGAAACAGAGCAAUGGUGCAAGUGGAGCAGUGCCCCGGAACCAGGCAAAGUAUGUGAAGGGUGAGAGUAAGGCCGUUGCCAAUGGAAUAAAAACCAACGGUGUUGUUUGAACGGCCUGAUAAAAGCCAACGGUGAGUGAGGUUUUAACCGUCAUGGACUAGGUUUCUACCUCAGUAUAAUAAUGCAUCUUAUGAAGAUGCUCCUUUCCAUUUAAAUCACAGUCAUAAGUGACUGGAUUUCUCUUUGUAGAUGGCUCAUUAAAUCUAUAAUGAAGUUUUGAAG